AAAUUUGGGAGCAAAAAGAUGCAGUAAGUCACAGCGUACAAUACACCCAUUGUAUCCAAUGAAACAUUGAAGUUGUUCAAGCAGACUUUAUUCUGUGGUAAAUAAUGGAAGAUAGAAGCCUCCUGCAUUUAAUGGAGGAGCAGAUGUCAGUAUGGAAGACUGGGUGAAGGACUUUCUCGAGUGGUCUCCGGCGCCUUCUGUUCGCAGCCGUCGUAGUGUGCGGAGAGAGAGCAGGCGCCGCUCCUUGCGCCUCUUAAAGCGCCAGUCCAUCGACACCUUCCCUGAAAGUGAAAGUGAAGGUGUUGAUGUUCAGGAGAAGUUGAAUGUCCUCAACUCUAUUGAAAAUCUUUCACAAAAACGGGAAAGUAAUAGCCCAAGUUUUUCAGAGAGUGCCUAUGGAACUGUUUGGGUUGCGUUUGACAGCUGUAGCAAGACUGCAGAUCGGCCAUCUGGAAAGCGAAGACUGUCGUCGACGAAGUGCGAAGUGAACAGCAGUUGUCAAGAGAAUUCAUUAGGAGUCAUUCCCCAUUCCACUGAACAGUACUUGGACACCCUGGGAGACGUUUCUGUUGAUCCACUUAUCCCAUUAUGUGUUUCUCAAAGUGCUGAGAAGCCAAAAACGUCCAGGAGAAAGUCUUCAUACAAAAAGCGCAGGAGUUUUGCUCUUUCUGUGCCUCCCAUUCAGGAAUUUGAAGCAGAAGAGGAUUUGGAUUUGGUUCCACCUGAAAUCAGCAGCGAUCUGUCGUCUAGAAAGCAAAAUGAACUGUUAGCGAAAUGCAGUAAAAGAUGCAAGGCGAAAACAGCUAGUGGCACAGAAGACUGCUGUGAUGAGGAAAACCCUUGUGACAUUGUUCCCAGUGUGGAUCAGCCUUAUUCCGGCGCUCAGGAUGGAGAUCCUUUAGAAUCUCUUGCACUCUUAUCUUUUCCCCAAAGUUGUGAGAAACCAAAAACGUCCAGGAGGAAGUCAUCGUACAAAAAGCGCAGAAGUUUUGCUCUUUCUGUGCCUCCCAUUCAAGAACUCGAGGCCGAACUUGAUACACCUCAAUUAAAUGGCGACAAUCUAGAAAAGGAUUUAGAUCCGGUUUCACUCGAUAGCUGUAGUGAGACAAGAGAUAAAUCGUCUGGAAAACAAAACAAGCUUUAUUCAGAAUCAAGUGACAAGUGUGAAGCGAAAGCGAUUAGUGACACAGAAGACGCCUGUAAUCAGGAAAACGCUCAUGACGUCCUCUCCAGUGUGGAUCAACCUUACUCCAGCACUCAACAGGAAGAUUUGUUAGAUUUACUUGCACCAUUACCUUCUUUUUCCGCCAAAGUGAAAUCCCUUAGGAGAAAGUCAUUGUACAAAAAGCGCAGGAGUUUUGUUCUUUCUGUGCCUCCAAUUUUGGAACUUGAAACCAAAUUGGAUUCACAUCAAACCAAUUGUGACAAGGAGAAUGUUCCUGAAUUUAUUUCCAACUUGGGUGAGCCUUACUUGAGUGCCGAGCAAAAGGAUCAGUUAGAUUUUGCUGCCCCGUUAUCUGCCUUUGUUCAAAGCUCAGUGAAGACAAGAGCUCUAAGGAGAAAGUCAUCUUACAAAAAAAGCCAGGGUUUCGCUCCUUCUGUACCUUCCAUUGAAGAACUAGAGACGGAGCUUAAUUCAUCUGAAGAAAAGUGUGGCGAGGUAGGAAAGGACUUCAAUACCUGUAGAUCUUCCGUCAGAGGUGACUUUGUUGGAAAAGAGAAGUGUUUUUGUCCUCUUUCUGAAAAUCCAAAGGGUCAUAAAUCAGCUGAAGCUUUCAGUUUGUCCGGAUCUGAGGUUGACUCUAAAGUGACUAAGAUUACUGGUCUUCCGUCUCCCUUUUCAGCCUCUAGCAAUCCUAUUCCAUGUGAUGAGCUGUAUGAACCUUAUCUGGGAAGCUUCUCCAGUUGUGUGCUGACAGAGAAGUGUGCAGAUUCUUCGCCGGAGACGUGCAGGUCAUCCACGCCGGAGUCACAACUCCGUCACAUGCACAGAUUUCUAUCGCCUGACAAGUCGCUGGAUUGUAAGAGCGCAGGUUUCAGUGGAAACCUGCUCUUUAAUGACAUAACGCCGCCAGGUGAGGCUGCCAUGGAUCAGGUGUGGGUCAACGCCUCGGAUCUGGAGCACCUGUUGCAUAACCAAACUUUGGAGAGGAAAAUGACGGUACAAUCGCCAGAAGAGACGACCAGGUUAAUGUUGUCCGCCGAGCAAAUGGAGGUGAGCAGCCCUUGUAGUUCGCAGCUCAACUCAAACCUGUCUCUUGACUGUGUUGAGAUGGGUGUUACCUCUGCCUUAGAUGAUCCGGUUUUCACAAAUGUCACUGGCUCUCAUGAAACAAGCGAAGGGAUAGGCAUUAGCAGCUCUGACACUGGAAAAGACACCAUUAUGGACACCAGUGUCAACCCAGGCAUACAUGUAGACCUGCCCAAAACACUUUCUGUUGCCCAAGUUAACAUGGACCUUCAAACAGGGGAUUCCCCUUUGACAGAGUUGUCUCCCCCUGCUGUUAUCCUGGUUAUGGGGAGUGGAGGUGACACCUUUGGCCUUGACAACCCCGGGGGUUCCUCUGACCCUCCUCAGCUGUACACAUCUGGUUUUAGUGAAUCGCCUGUUGAACUUUCUCCAAUCUCAAACCCCUUACCGAAUCAGAGCUUACCAAUAACCCAGCUGACUGCUGGGCCAAUACUCCAGGGAACGGAAUCUGAAUCACAGCAGUUGAAGGAACCUCGAAAACGAAAGAGACUUCUGGAACAAAUUUCUCAAGAUGGAAUAAUAUUGGAGGAUCCCCAGGAGCCUGGUCAAUCACGAAGGUCAACACGCAUGCGCAGGAAGUCUGUGGAAUUCUUUAGUAAUCCUCAGGCACAGCCGAGGAUUCAGGACUCUUCAUCCUCAGGUGAAAUCCUUGAAGGUGCCAUAUCUCAGAGCACUUCUGAGCAGACUGAGCCAAAAAAGAAAAAAAGGAAAACAAAGAAAACAGAAAGCAUUGAGGACAUUUAUCUGAAUAAGAAUUUUAAGAAUGUGGUUGAUAAGAUGUAUGAGACAAUAUAUGAAGAUCCAGAGCGUGGUAUUGGCCAGAGACGACAGCGAAGGUCAAUCGUGUUUGACACAUUUGUCGUGCAUCCGGCUAAAGUGAAGCGCAGAGCACAAAAAGCCGCAAAAUUUAAUGGUGGUGCAGCUGCUCGCAAAAAGCGGGCUGUUUCUCGUGCCUUUUUUGACAAGAAGAUGGCAAGUUUAGAAGAGGAACUUGGGGAGCUAGAUAGCACAUAAAAUAAGUAAUUGUGAUAUCGGCUUCUAAGAACAAUUUUAUCUUGACCUUUUGGCUUCACCUCUAUGACUUGAUCAAAGCUCCUGACCUAAGUUCCAGCUUUUUAGAUGAUAUAUACCUCUAGAAGUGAAGGAAUGCAAAACAAGAAUGAAAAGAGCAUCAGUAGAUAGACAACUGGAAUGUCUAUGUAAAACCCAUCAGUGUUAAUCUUUCAUACAUAAAAUUUUUCCAAUGAGUUAAAAGUGGUCAGAUGUUUGAAUUCUCAGGUAGGCUUUGUGAAGUGCACCACACUGAUUAUGUCGGUUGCCAGUGAUUCGUUUGUUGAUACACCAAGCUUUUCUAUUUUCGUGUUCACCUUUGGAAGAAAUUCUUUUGAAGGUUACUGCUGGUGUAAUUGCAAGAUACUCCAACAUUAAAUACCAUGUUUGUUGAAAAAAAAAAUGGUAUGUUACAGAAAUCAGACUGAAAUCAGCAAUCUUUCCACUCUUGAUUAAUCCUUUGUUUUACUGUCUGUUACUAUUCUAUUGUUUCACUUAAAGUUUGGUAUGUAAAAAUGAAGCCUAUGAAGGUCUAAAAACACUCAUUUAUAUUAUGUGAACACUUUAAGUUUUUACAACAAGAAGUCAAUAAAAAAUUCAGAAAUAACACUUUUAAAGGAGACCUGUAUGGUACAUAA